CCGGAGGGAUGCCCAUCGCCCGCCCGCCCGCCCGUCCAGCCGGAGGGAUGCCCAUCGCCCGCCCCGCCCGCCCGUCCAGCCGGAGGGAUGCCCAUCGCCCGCCCGCCCGCCCGUCCAGCCGGAGGGAUGCCCAUCGCCCGCCCGCCUGCCCGUCCAGCCGGAGGGAUGCCCGUCGCCCGCCCGCCCGCCCGUCCAGCCGGAGGGAUGCCCAUCGCCCGGCCGCCCGCCCGUCCAGCCGGAGGGAUGCCCGUCGCCCGCCCGCCCGCCCGUCCAGCCGGAGGGAUGCCCAUCGCCCGCCCGCCCGCCCGUCCAGCCGGAGGGAUGCCCGUCUCCCGGCCGCCGCUGCCGCUGCUGCUGCUGCUCUCCUUGGUGCCGGGCUCCGGCGGGGAAGACGCCGAAGUGAUGUGCGCCGGCACAGCGUGCUACACCCUGCACCGGGCCGAGCUGGGCUGGAACGGCGCCCAGGAGCGCUGCCGGAACAACGGCGGCAACCUGUCCCCGGUGCGCGGCCCCGCCGAGGCCGAGCUGCUGCGGGAGCUGCUGCGGGCGGGCGGCGGGACGGGCCCGGCUUGGAUCGGGCUGGCGCUGGCGCGGGGCCGCUGCGUGCAGCCCCAGGAGCCGCUGCGGGGUUUCGCCUGGGCGGCCGCCGGCGACAGCGGCAACUACUCGGCGUGGCUGUCCGAGCCCGCCGUCACCUGCCUCAGCUCCCGCUGCGUCAGCCUGCGCCUGGACGGGGCGUCCGGCGCCGCCGGCUGGACCGACCGCCCCUGCCGCUCCCCGCUGCCCGCCUUCCUCUGCAAGUUCAGCUUCCAGGGCAUGUGCGGCCCUCCGCCGCUGGCCGGGCCCGGCCGGGUCACCUUCGCCACGCCGUUCGGGGUGCGCAGCCCCCGGCUGGCCGCGGCCCCCUUCGGCACGCUGGCGGAAGCCGAAUGCGAGGGGGGCUCGGGCCGAGCCUUCGCCGUGUGCAAGGGGCCGCUGGAGGGAGGCGGCUUCGCCUGGCACCCCCCCGGGCCCCUCUGCCCCGCCGCCUGCGCCCUCCGCAACGGGGGCUGCCAGCAGCGCUGCCUGGAGGAGCCGGGCGAGCCCCCGCGCUGCGCCUGCAACCCCGGCUUCGUCCUGGCGCCCGACAUGGCCUCCUGCCUGCCCGAGGACGCCUGCCACCCCAACCCGUGCCAGGGCACCUGCAGCGCCCGGCCCGGGGGCUUCGAGUGCGGCUGCCAGCCCGGCUACGUGCUGGCGCCCGACGGCCGCCGCUGCCUGGACGUGGACGAGUGCCCGUCGGGGCCGUGCCAGCACGAGUGCCACAACACGGCCGGCGGCUUCGUGUGCCUCUGCCGGCCCGGCUACCGGCCGGCGGGGCCCGGGGGCCGCCUCUGCCACGACGAGGACGAGUGCGCCCGGCCCGGCGUCUGCCCCCAGCUCUGCCUCAACGUCCCCGGCUCCUUCCAGUGCGCGUGCGGGCCCGGCUACCAGCGCCAGCCCGGCGGCGACGCCUGCCUGGACGUGGACGAGUGCCUGCGGAGCCCCUGCCCCGGCUCCUGCCGGAACCUGCCCGGCACCUUCGAGUGCCUGUGCCCGGCCGGCUUCGUCCCGGAGGAGGAUGGACGCGGCUGCCGGCGCGCACCCGCCGCCGCCGAGGAGCCCGCGGGGGCCUCCGCCGACAGCCCGCGGACCACGGGCGUCCCGCGGGCCAGCGGCAGCCCGCAGAGCACGGCCGCGGGUGCCCCCCGGACCACGGGCGUCCCCCCGAGCCCGGGCGGCGAACGCGGCGGGGUGACGCCGCCGGCCCCCACGGCAGUAGCGGCGGCCCCCGGCCCCGAAAGCAGCGCCGACGGGCCCAGGUUGCUCCUCUACUACAUCCUGGGCAGCCUGGUAGCCAUCCUGCUGCUGCUGGCCUUCGCCCUGGCCCUGCUGGCCUGCAGGAGGAGGGCGGCCAAGAGGGAGAAGCGGGCGGCCAAGAGCGCGGCGGACAACUACUGCUGGGUGCCCGAGCAGGCGGAGAGCCGCGGGGCGGGCGGCGAGCGGAGGGUGAACUGAGCGCAGCCUUCUUGGGAGCCCCACACUUAAUUCCUACCUUGUGUGUGUUGCCCACCAGCCAGCAGAGCCUUCUGAAUAC